AUGGGAAAUUUGGCAGGAACGCUUGGCAUACAUGAAAAUAACCUGACUAUGCGAUGUGGCGAAAAAUAUAGCAAUUUGCUGCUUAAACCUGUAAAACGGACCGCCUACGCCGGAAGCCGAGCAUUGAUUGAAGUCUGGUCCACGAAUGGUGACUACAUAAAACGUUGUAUUGACUUGCGCUGGCGUACUAAGUCCUGCGCAGUAACCUCCAGCCCUGGCGAUGACGAGGAAGAGGAGGAGGCAGAGGAGGAGGGUGGCGAGGAGGGCGGCGGUGGUGGAGAAGCCGCGAAAAAAGACGAACCGCCGCCUGAGUUAGUGGCCGCUCAACUGGAGGAAGCGAGGGCUGAACGGGAACGCGAGAUGCCCGAUCUCAGCUCAGAGCCACUGACCCUCAUGCCCUUUCCGCUUCCGACUCAACUACCCAAGAGCAUUCUGCCGGACUGCGUUCUCUUCCUGCAGGCCACCGACCGCUUCCUCCUCGAUCGAGCUCUCCGUCUGCCCGAAGAGGAAGUCGUGGGCACGCACAACAACGAGGAGGGUUUCCUGCGACGCCUCCUACUCUUCCGAGCCCACCACGCUGGCUCUGAGGUCGCCGCGGUACUGGCUGAUGAGGAGCUGAAACAGACACUCUCGCCGAUUCAGAUGCAGAGACUGAUUGUGGCCAGUCCCAGUUCGGGAGAGGUGGGCAAUCCGGUGCAACAGUUGGUCCAACUGAUGGCGGGCAGCUUGGACGCGGGCUCGGUGCAGGCCUUCUUUGAGGACAAGAAGGUGGCUCUACUGACCUUUGACAUUAUGUCUGAGACCUCGAAGGUGAGUCAGCUCUCAAGUUUGCAGUAUUUAUCAGCAUUUCCUUUUAAACCUCGUCCUCCUUUUCCUCCUCCGUCUCGUCACCAGUAUAAACAUCGCCAUUAUUGUUUCUAUAAUACUGACGGGCAAUACAAGCGAACACGCGAGUCCCAGACAGUAAUUGAGAAGAAGACGACUCGAUCGCUGGGACAGCACUUUUAUUCGCCUGUAUCUGUUACUGCGCUGUGA